UUUGCUCUUUCCUUCCCCCCCUGCGUUGCUUUCCUGUGCUCGACCGCCCCCAGACCCCCCUCUGCAAUGCUGCCGCACCGGCAGCUCCAAAUUCACCAGCACCUGUAAAUCUGACUGUUUAUUUUGGAUUUUGUCAUUUUUCUCUGAGAAGUUCAACCUGUGGAUUAGACUGUCCAGGAACAAGACUUUGAACCUCAAGUGGAAAUGGAAUAAUUCAACAUUUUGUGACUUUUUUUUUCCAAUUGUGGAGUCUGAUUGGAUUUUUACUGAAGCUGGGAUUUUAUAAUCAAACAUCUGCAUGAGGUGGCUUUGCCCCCCACUCAAAAGAUAGUAUUUGAAAUUGUCUCGAUAUCACCAUGGCUGAAGGAGCCAGAUCGGCCCCUGCAGCCAGUGGGGCCAAUGGAGCAGCACAGACGAGCUCUGUCAGAUCUGCAGGUCUGGGGCUCCUCCGGAAGCUGAAAAUGUCUGCAGAGCUGCUGAUCGCUCUGGCUGCUCUGCUGUCCUGGCUGGUGGUGGGGGUGGUGAUGUUUGACUUUGUGGAGUAUAAGGCAGUCCCCGACAUUCAACAAAUCAUGACGGACCCUGUGCAAGCUGCAACCGAUGCUGUAGAUGAAGUCUCCAGUCUGCUUAACAAGUUUCAAGAAUGUGCACCUGAUUUAAGAGACCCCAUGUCUGUUGCUGUGUAUGCUGCUGAAGAAAUAACGGUGGCAAAAGAUGGAUUUGUUCGCUAUUUUUCAGAUGAGGAAGGGAACUUCUACCUCAGCUAUGUGGACCCUGUGGUGAUUGGUAGACGAGCUUUCCAUUCAACAAAUGAUUUCAUGAAUGAUGUUGUGGGCUCCAUCAGGGAAACACUGUGUGCUAUUGUGGAUUCUGGGCUGGAUACUAUGCAGGACAUAAACAAAGGAAAAACUGACCUUAGCUACAUUGACCCUGUGGUGAUAGGCAGAGGGGUCUUCAGUGUUACUAAUGAUUUUGUAAAUGGAGUGGGGGGCUACAUCCGGGAUGUGCUCUGUGGCAUUGUGGACACUAUUCUGGAUGUAGUCAAAGGGACCGUAGAUGUCAGCUUUAUGGACCCUGUGGUGAUCGGCAGAAAUGUCUUCAGUGUUACUAAUGACUCUAUUGGUGGAGUUGUGGGCUACAUCCGGGAUGUGCUCUGUACCGUCAUAGACAGUGUGCUGGACAUAACAAAAGGAACUACUGACGUUAGCUUCAUUGACCCUGUGCCUAUUGGCAGAAAUAUCUUCAGUGUUACUAAUGACUUUGUGAGUGGAGUGGCAGGAUACAUCAAGGGUGUGCUGUGUGCAAUCCUGGAUGUGAUACUGGACACGAUAUCAGGUAUCCAGCAGGCACUGGGAUUUAGCCCCAUGUCAGUCAUAAAGGGAACAGCAGAAAUUGCUACAGAGCAGAUAAACUUGCUUGUCGGCUAUGUCUCCGCAUUACUGAUCGGUGAACAAGGAAUCAUGCCUGAUGUGUCUGUUGAACCCAUGAAAGUUGUUGAAGACGCUGUGUUGGAGUUCUCGGACAAGAAAGAUUUGUUCAUGUCUUAUAUGUUGAGCAUGUUUGUUGGUGAUCAAGGUGAACCAGUUGCCACACCUGUUGUGAACAUAGUCACUGAAAAAGAUGAAACUAAACUUUCUCCGUCUGAUAUCAGUUUGGUUCAAAGGAAAGGUGAAUUUCUGCCCCCUCUGGAGAAAGAAGAGCUGAUAAAGAAAGAAGAACCAAAGCCCUCUGCAGUUGAAAAAGAUAUAAGACCAGAGACCAAGGAGAAAAAAAUUACAAAACAAGCUGAAGACAGAACUGAACUGAGGAAACCACACAGAGAAGAAAAAGAAGUCAAGAAACCACCUAAAGCAGAAAGAGAAUCCAAGAAACCACCCAAAGAAGAGAAAGAAGUCAGGAAACCUCCUAAAGAAGAGAAAGAGGUAAAGAGACCACCUAAAGAAGAGAAAAAAGUCAAGGAACCAGCUAAAGAAGAGAAAGAGAAAGAGGUGAAGAAACCACCUAAAGAAGAGAAAGAAGUCAAGAAACCACCUAAAGAAGAGAAAGAGGUCAAGAAACCACCUAAAGAAGAGAAAGAAGUCAAGAAACCACCUAAAGAAGAGAAAGAGGUCAAGAAACCACCUAAAGAAGAGAAAGAGGUGAAGAAACCACCUAAAGAAGAGAAAGAAGUCAAGAAACCACCUAAAGAAGAGAAAGAAGUGAAGAAACCACCCAAAGAAGAGAAAGAGGUGAAGAAACCACCUAAAGAAGAGAAAGAGGUGAAGAAACCACCAAAAGAAGAGAAAGAGGUGAAGAAACCACCCAAAGAAGAGAAAGAGGUGAAGAAACCACCUAAAAAAGAGGAAGAGGUCAAGAAACCACCUAAAGAAGAGAAAGAGGUCAAGAAACCACCUAAAGAGGAGAAAGAGGUGAAGAAACCACCUAAAGAAGAGAAAGAGGUCAAGAAAACACCUAAAGAAGAGAAAGAGGUCAAGAAACCACCUAAAGAGGAGAAAGAGGUCAAGAAACCACCUAAAGAAGAGAAAGAGGUCAAGAAACCACCUAAAGAAGAGAAAGAGGUGAAGAAACCACCUAAAGAAGAGAGAGAGGUGAAGAAACCACCUAAAGAAGAGAGAGAGGUGAAGAAACCACCUACAGAAGAGAAAAAAGUCAAGAAACCACCUAAGGAAGAGAAAGAGGUGAAGAAACCACCUAAAGAUGAGAAAGAGGUCAAGAAACCACCUAAAGAAGAGAAAGAAAAAGAGGUGAAGAAACCACCUAAAGAAGAGAAAGAAGUCAAGAAACCACCUAAAGAAGAGAAAGAAGUCAAGAAACCACCAAAAGAAGAGAAAGAAGCCAGGAAACCACCUAAAGAAGAGAAAGAGGUAAAGAGACCACCUAAAGAAGAGAAAGAAGUCAAGAAACCACCUAAAGAGGAGAAAGAGGUGAAGAAACCACCAAAAGAAGAGAAAGAGGUGAAGAAACCACCUAAAGAAGAGAAAGAGGUGAAGAAACCACCUAAAGAAGAGAAAGAGGUGAAGAAACCACCUAAAGAAGACGAAGAGGUCAAGAAACUAUCUAGAGAAGAGAAAGAAGUGAAGAAACCACCUAAAGAAGAGAAAGACGUAAAGAGACCACCCAAAGAAGAGAAAGAGGUGAAGAAACCACCUAAAGAAGAGAGAGAGGUAAAGACACCACCUCAAGAAGAUAAAAAAGUCACAAAACCAUCAGAUGAAAAGGAGGUCAAGAAACCACCUAAAGAAGAAAAGGAGGUGAAGAAACCAACUAAAGAAGAGAUAGAUGUGAAGAAACCAUCUAAAGAAGAAAAGGAGUCGAAGAAACCACCUACAGAAGAUAAAGAAGUCAGAAAACUCCUAAAAGAAGAAAAGGAAGUGGAGAAACCAUCUAAAGAAGGAGAAGAGGGCAAGAAACCUCACAAAGAAAAGACAGAGGUCAAAGAAGCUCCCAAAGAAGAGAAAGAGGUCAAGAAACCAACCCAAGAUGUUAAAGAAGUCAAGAAACCACCUAAAAUAGAGAAGGAGGUUAAGACACCACGCUCAGAAGAAAAGAAAGCAAUCAAAGACGAUAAGGAGGUCAAGAGACCACACAAAGCAGAGAAAUAUGUUGAGGAAAGAUUGAAAUUGGAAGAGAUUGCAAAAACAGCUGCAGACAAGAAGGUGGAGAAGAAACCACAGGAAGUGGAAGUAGAAGUCAAGAAACCAUCCAAUGAGACCAAAGUCAAAAAACCUUCCAAAGACGAAAAACAAGUCAAAUUACUCACCAAAGAGGAAAAGGUGGUCAAGGAACAACUUAAAGAACCACCUAGAAAGGAGACAGAGGUAAAGAAACCACCUCAAGAUAAGAAAGAAGUCAAGAAGGCUCCUAAAGAAGAGAAAGAGGCCAUAAGACAACCUGUCAAGGAGGACAAAGAUGUCAAAAAGCCUCCAAAAGAAGAAAAAGAAGUAACAAAGCCUAAAAAACAUGAAGAACCUAAGAUCUUGAAAGACAAGAAACAACCAGCCAAGCCUACUAAAGAGAUGAAAGAGGAGGAAAAGAAAGAGAGGCCUCCCAAGGAAGGUGUAGCUCCAAAGAAGAUCUCUAAAGAAAAACCAGAACCAGAGAAACCUACCACAAAGGAAAAGGAACCAACAAAACUUCCCAGAAUGGAAGAAAAAGAACCUGCUAAGAUCUCUAAAGAAGUAGAGACACCUCCCAAAGAAAAGGAGGUCAAGAAGGUUACCAAAGAGGUAAAAGAACCUGCUAAGAUCUCUAAAGAAGUAGAGACACCUCCCAAAGAAAAGGAGGCCAUAAAGGUUACCAAAGAGGUAAAAGAACCUGCUAAGAUCUCUAAAGAAGUAGAGACACCUCCCAAAGAAAAGAAGGAGGUCAAGAAGGUUACCAAAGAGGUAAAAGAACCUGCUAAGAUCUCUAAAGAAGUAGAGGCACCUCCCAAAGAAAAGAAGGAGGUCAAGAAGGUUACCAAAGAGGUAAAAGAACCUGCUAAGAUCUCUAAAGAAGUAGAGACACCUCCCAAAGAAAAGGAGGUCAAGAAGGUUACCAAAGAGGUAAAAGAACCUGCUAAGAUCUCUAAAGAAGUAGAGACACCUCCCAAAGAAAAGGAGGCCAAGAAGGUUACCAAAGAGGUAAAAGAACCUGCUAAGAUCUCUAAAGAAGUAGAGACACCUCCCAAAGAAAAGAAGGAGGUCAAGAAGGUUACCAAAGAGGUAAAAGAACCUGCUAAGAUCUCUAAAGAAGUAGAGACACCUCCCAAAGAAAAGAAGGAGGUCAAGAAGGUUACCAAAGAGGUAAAAGAACCUGCUAAGAUCUCUAAAGAAGUAGAGACACCUCCCAAAGAAAAGAAGGAGGUCAAGAAGGUUACCAAAGAGGUAAAAGAACCUGCUAAGAUCUCUAAAGAACUACCAAAGCCCUCAAAAGAAGAGAAAGAAAUCAUCAAGACUCCUAAAGAAGAAGAACCGGUUAAGAAGAGAGUCCCUAAAACUGAUGAUGAACCCAAGAGGGCAGUAAAGGUGCUGAAAAAGCAGAUCUCUUCUGUCCUGAAAAAGGAGCACCUUAAUAUUACAAAAACAGCAGAAGCUCCUAAAGUUCUCAAGCUAAAGGCCAAAGCGGAACCAGAAAAGAAAGUGGCCGCUCCAACAAAAGAGCCCAAAAAGGAACCAAAAGAAAAAGUCAAACCACCUGUUAAACCAGAUCUUCCAAAGGAAAAAGCCAAAGCAGCUCCUGCUAAGAAAGAAGCUGCUGCUCCUAAAGAAAAGGUCAAACCUGCUGUCUUGAAAAAAGAGAAAGAAGGUGCUCCCAAAAAUGUCUCUGCUGUGAAACCGAGAGUCAAGAUUGUGCCGAUGAAAAUAGUGGCCGCUCCAACAAAAGAGCCCAAAAAGGAACCAAAAGAAAAAGUCAAACCACCUGUUAAACCAGAUCUUCCAAAGGAAAAAGCCAAAGCAGCUCCUGCUAAGAAAGAAGCUGCUGCUCCUAAAGAAAAGGUCAAACCUGCUGUCUUGAAAAAAGAGAAAGAAGGUGCUCCCAAAAAUGUCUCUGCUGUGAAACCGAGAGUCAAGAUUGUGCCGAUGAAAAUAGAGGUCAAACCUCCAAAAGAGAAAGUUAAAGCAGUAUCUGCUGAGAAAGCUGAGGUUUCAAAACAGAAGCCCAAACCAGUUUCAGUUAAAAAAGCGACUGCUCCUCUCAAGACUAAACCAGUAACAGCGGUCAAAGAGGCAGAAGUUUCACACAAGAACGUCUCACUGACAAAGGAGAAGGUCAAGAUUGUGCCGCUAAAGAAAGUGGCAGUAACUCCUAAAGAGAAAGUCAAACCAGCAGCAAAGAAAAAAGAUGCUGAGGCUCUCAAGGAGAAAAGGGUGGAGCCAGUGACUCCCACAAAGGCACCUGUUACCAAAGCAAAACCAAAAGCUGCUGAGAAGAAGAAAGCUGAAGAUCUCAUGGAGAAAAAGGCAAAGCCAGUGACUCUGAAGAAAGAGGCAGAAGUUUCACACAAGAAUGUCUCACUGACGAAGGAGAAAGUCAAGGUUGUGCCACUGAAGAAAGUUACUGUAACACCAAAGGAGAAAGUCAAACCAGCAGCAGUGAAGAAAGCCGAGGAUCUCAAGGAGAAGAAGGCCAAGCCAGUGACUCCAACAAAAGCACCUGUUAUCAAAGCAAAACCUAAAGCUGCUGAAAAGAAGAAAGAAGUUGCUAUGAAAGAAAAGGAAAAACCCUCCAGGAAAGAACCGGAGGUUAAGCCAGCUGUUGCCAAAAAAGCUCCUGAGGUUAAAAAGGAGAAGCCUAAAGCAGCUCAUGAGAAGAAAGCUCCUUCUAAAACAGAGGCUGAAACAAAGAAGGUCAAAUCCCUCCUAAAGAAGAAAGAGGAGAGAAUCCUUAAAGAAAUACAGGAACCGGCAAUACGAGAAAAAACUACUGAGAAGAAAGCCGCCAAGGAGGAGAAAGUCAAAGCAGAGCCAUCUGUGUCAGACAGCCUUCUCAUGGAAGACGAGAUGCCCUACUUCCAGUGUUUCUUUGUGGAUGAAGACGAGGCCCAGUUUCCCUUCUACGCCUUCUCACCUCUGCAGCUUUGAAGCUUCAGUCUGACGCAUUCUGAGGUUUACUGUCAAAUCAAUAGUUUUAUAACGCUGCGUGCCACCCUGUGCUGUUAAAACACAGCCGCCUGUUCACUGUUGGUCUUCAACAGAAUACCUAAGAGAGCAGAGGAUUAUGGGUGAUUUUAAUGGACCGAGCUUUGAUUUAUUCCCAGAUUUGGUUGAGCUCUCAUACCAAAUACAUGCAGCCAGUGUCAUUCCUUUUUGUCUGUUUUUAUGAUUUUAUUUUGUCAUGACUUUGUUUUUACUUCAUUUGAGAAAUUAAUAUGAUUUUUGCAAAAGGAACAAUGUAGUAUUUUACAUUUUUGAAUCAUUCAUGAAGAUCCUGAAUGAAAAUUGUGCAAAAAUGAUCAAGAAGGUGCAUUUUUAUUUAAGAAAAACAUUAAACUGUAAACGGGGUACCAAAACAGCCACAAGUGCUAUAAAAGGUGGUGAUGGGUUAAAUUCCUCUGAGCCCACAUUUACUUGAAAGCCAUUUGUACAGUAUGGUACGUUUAUUUUAUGCUCAAUCGGUUUUAUUUAGCUUUUAGCAUUAAGGAAGUUUUUAAGGCUAUAUAAAGUCCUUAAUAUUCAUGCUUUCAUUGUGUUUGUGAUCGUUCUGUUAUAUUCAGACAUUUUUAUGGAAACAUUUUUUUACACUCAUCCUUCCCUUUCUUUCUCUAAUGGGAAAAAGGACGUUUUUUGUCUGUGUACUUAUGUGUCAAAAGGAAUGACCAUGCACUGUAUAUGAGAGCUCCCAAUCACCUGAUAGAACACUACCUUUAAGUCUUAUAAAGCUGCACCAUGCUGCCCAUUUGAUGCUACUUGUUGUAGUCGAUAAAAGGAUAAGUACGACUGUUUUCUUGCACUGAGACUAUUUCAAGCUGGAACAUUAAAGUAGGGCACAUGUGAAGAGUUUUUAGUCAGUCACAGGAUGACAAACAGCGGCUCUUUCACUGACCAAAAACUGUUUUAACUUUGGUCAGUGGCUGCACAACAUGCUGUUGACACAACAUAAAUGUAAAGCAACUUUAUGGAGAGUAAUUUGUGUAAUUUUCUAACCUACAUAACAUAAUAUUUGUGUGUAAUGUUGUAGGGUCUCAUUCAAAUGGAGUUGGUAAACAGACAUAAGCUUGUCUGGUGCCUUUCUACUCAUCUGACUACUAAAAGUGAGUGUUACACUGCAGGAGGAAGCUAUAAAAAUGCGGUCAUCAGUAUGAAAUAACCCCAAUUACAUGCAUGCACAUGCCAUUGAUUCAGCAGGGGGAGCAAUCUGGGGGCACAUCGAGGUGGCUGCAGAAGCAAGAGGUCGAUAGAUGACCACCUCUUGCAAACAAACCAUAAUCUUUGACCUCAUGAUGCUUCCACUAAGAUAGCAGGAUCAUUUCAGAGCUCCUGAAUAUCCUGUGCAAAAAAUGCCAAAUAGUAAUGCAUUUUAAAUCUUAAUUAUGACAGAGAAGCUUCAGCAAGACUCAGCUUUUGUAUGCCUUUAUUCAACUACCUAAGCAUGCUUGAGCUAAAGCUGCAUUAACAUAAAACUAUCUGUGAUUAUGUCUGCACAUUCUGUGCUCAAACUAAAAGUUACAGCUAAGAGCUUUGUGUUAAAGCAGAUGCAGCUGCAGUUUUUACACAGCUGUUUAUAUCAAUCUCUGUAUGCUGCAUAGAAGACACUUGUCAAAGCUUGUGGCAGUAAUCCCAGGCAGAGUAAAAAGUAAAUUCACUUUAUUACAACACUCUUUAUUCAGUCAUGACUGGUGCGUAAGAGCUCUGCAGCUCACAGUGAACCUGGCUCCAGUCUCUGCUCUGAAGCAGCUGGAGUUUAGGCUGAUCUUCUGUCUCUGCUAGAGUUUGUUCCUAAAAUAAAUGAGGAACUGAGCACUAUUUUUAAAUAUAUUUUUUUGAGUUUAUACGUUUAAGUCAAGGAGAUUUAUUUCCAGUUAUUACAUAAGAGUUGUGACAAAAGAUGCAGGUUUAUUUAUUUCAUUACUGAGUUGUAUCGUCAGACUCCCUCUUACCAGGUUAAAUGUGCAAUCCUUUUUUAAAUCUCUCAUUUAUCCAAACACUGUAUGUUUGUCUGAUAGUCCUUGAAUGAAAUGUGCAUGAUGUGUGCGUGAUCUUUUUUUGCCCUCAGAUGAUUUUGUGAUGUUUUCCCCAAUUUUGACAAAGGCAGCAAAGAGUUGAACUUUUCAAUCAGGGUAUUCAAUGCCAAAAAUCUGACAUCUGUAAAUAGUAAAAAAUAUUAAGUUUAUCCCUGGAAUCUGAUUAUGUUUAAUUUGUCAUGACAUCUGCCUCAUGCUUGUGAAUAGUUGCAAAUUUGACAUUAAAAUAAAGCAGAGCAAAUGUU